UGAGUUUAGAGAUUUAAGAGGUUGUUUCCUCUCUUAUUGUUGUGAAUUUUCAUAAGCAUGGGAAAGCUAAACUUUUAAAAAUUUGUCUUGCACAAGGUUUGAUGCUUCCAUAUUGAUUUUGCAGAAAAUCGAAGGGAAAAAUCUUUGGCUCUGCUGACCCAGAAUUUUGUCAAACUCUUCGUCUGCUCUAAUCAAAAGUUAGAUGCCUAUAUGACAUUGCUAAUGUGCUAUCCUCCGUGAAUCUUAUUGGGACGGUCUAGUAACUACACAUAGUCCUCAGUAUCAAAACGAAGAUAUUUGGUCGGAACUUGCAUUGGUAUGAUGCUGUUUUUGGAACUAUAUAACUGCUAUUAGUCGGGCUGCAAUCAUGAAUGAGCUUCUGAUUUUAGAUGCUGAGUUUGCAAUUUUAUUCCAGUAUACUGGAAUGAUAUUAACUUGAGGAGAUGGCCUCAAUUUUCCUCACACCAUACUUGCUUCUGUUUAUUGUCCCAAAGGUUGGACAGAUCUUUCAAAAAAUUGAAUGUCGUGAUCCGCAAUGUUGUUCGUUGGAGUAUUCCAAAAUUGUUAGAGAUGCAUUGCAUAAAGGAUUGCUUUUAAUGGGAGAUGAGUAUACUUAUGUCCUAGGUGAAAAGGAACAAGAAGGUGCUACACUGCUUGUAUCCGCCAAGUUUAAUGUAGUAUCUGUCCGUAAUAUAUACCUUCAGUUUCAAGAGGAAGUUGUUGGUGCAAAGUCCGGUUUUCUUUGAGUACAAGAAGAUUAUUUCAUUUUCUUUGAGUACAAGAAGAUUAUUUCAUGCUAGCAACAUUUUGGGAGUAUUUUUAGUGAUUAUGGAAGAAGUUAUAAUUACAUUUAAGUUGAAUUUAGUUUUAUAUUAUUAUGAUGACAUUGAGAAUAUAAUGUCUACAUUAUAAUUGUCAAUGAAUGUAUGUUAUU